CCGCGGGUCGUUCAUUCCUGUUGAAGCACCCGCUUACGCCCGCGCCACGCCAUGCAGCACGACGAAGUUAUCUGGGGCGUCAUCUCCAACCAGUUCUGCUCGUUUAAGAGCAAGCUGCGCGAAGGCGCCAUGUUCUGCCGCAACGAGUACAACGUCACGGGCCUCUGCAAUCGGCAAUCGUGCCCGCUGGCCAACUCGCGCUACGCGACGAUCCGCGAGCACAACGGCGUGUGCUACCUGUACAUGAAGACGAUCGAGCGCGCGCAUUCGCCCAAGAACCUCUGGGAAAAGGUCAAGCUCUCCAAGAACUACACCAAGUCGCUUGAACAGAUCGACGCUCAAAUGCAAUUCUGGCCCAAGAAGCUCAUCCAUCGCAACAAGCAGCGCUUGACCAAGAUCCACCAGUACCUCAUGCGCAUGCGCAAGCUCCGCCUCAAGACCAAGCCCAACCUUGUCGUCAUCAACAAGAAGAUCGAGCGCCGUGAAGCCCGCCGUGAAGAGAAGGCCAAGACCGCCGCCAAGCUCGACUCGUCGAUCGAGAAGGAGCUGCUGCAGCGUCUCCAGAAGGGCACGUACGGCGAUAUUUAUAACUUUCCCGAGCGCGAGUUUGCCAAGGUGCUCGACGACAACGAGGAAGAGGAAGAAGAAGGCGAGGACGAGUACGAAAUGGAGAGCGACGACGAGUCGGGUCAGGUCGAAUACGUCGAGGACUUUGACGAUGAGAGCGAAGACGACAUGGAAGACUUUGGCGAUGACGACGACGACGACGACGACGACGAUGAGGACGACGAUGAAGACGACGACGACGACGAUGCGAGCGCCGGGAAGCGCAAGCGUCCGGCCGCCAAGGGCGGCAAGCCCGCCAAGAAGCCCAAGCGCUCGGGCGCCUACGUCGAGAUCGAGUACGAAGACGAAAACGAGUUCGAGUCGACGGCCAACUAACCGUGUCCCGUCGCCGCUCGUCCUAUAUUUUAACUCGCAAUGCACACUUGUUUUAGACUCCA